AUUGACAGAAAGUAAUGGAUGAAAUCGCAACUAUAGAUAAAGCCGUAGCAAGCGUGUGCAAAGGACAUGACAAAAGAAGUGAUGAUAUGAUGAUGAUGGCACCUGACAGUAAUUGGGAUCAGUUCUUAACACCAGCUCCGUGUGCUAUUGCUUUGUUGGGAGAUCUGAUAUUGUUUUCAGCCGACAUGGACUUCAGUCUUGACGAAAAACCACCCAUGGAUGGCUUUAAGCUACUCCGGUAUCCAAAUUCAUUCCGAGAAUCAUUAGUUCAAGUCAGCAAUGCUGGAUUGAGUGCGUUUAAUGAGGCACAUACCAGUAUGGAUCAAAUUCGUCUUCAUAGUGGUAACAUAGAUGGUCAGAUUAAAAAUGCCGUUAAAUUUCUAAUGCAGGGUACACCGGAAGAGGUAAAGAGAAUGUUACCUAUGUCACUGUCUAAAAUACAGAAUAUCGCUGACGAAAGCUUACUGCUUGCUAAAGCCAUUGAAGAUCGAUUUGUUGGAGUUAUGGAAUUGACAGUAGAACUUCUUGAAACAUCUACUAAUACAAAAGGGGUUUAUGAUGAAAAAACAAGAGAAACUGAAAUAGCCAUUGAAGUUGCAAGAACAGAAAGAGAACAGUCAAGAAUGAAAGAAAUAAAAUACACCGAAAAAAAACUUAGUAACAUGGAAAAGGAGGUAAAAGAAGCACAAUCAGACUUUGAGGAGGCGAUUAAUAACAUUCCGUCAGUAGGUGAUUUAAUCGGAAUAGCCGUUUGUGAAGCAGUGAUAGAAGGAGUACGUAAUAUUACCAGUAAUCCAAGCAAAAUUUCAGAAAGAAUAAAGAAGAAACUAGGAACAUCAGCUGCCAAUGAUGAAGACAGUGAAAAAGAUGAUACGUACUUUGAUAACGAACUAUCGAGACAGCGUGUCUACUCCGAAGUAUCAACAAUCACCAGGUAUAUCUACCAGCUUGUUGAGAUUACAACAGGUAGAACUGAUGAUAAUGGUCAGCAAUGUCCUGAUAUGGGAAGGAUAGGUCAUGGUGAUUUAGGUCGCAUCCAGCAAUUUAUUGAAACGGCUAGAAAUCAUGUCAUCAGUGAGGUGAAUAGUGGAGAACUUCGUGAAAGGGUAUUGAAAUUAUGUGAUGAUGCUGUUGACAUUUGCAAUACGCUCCAACAUCUAGCUAAUAGUAUGGCAGAUUUAGAAAAUAGAAAUGCUGUUAUUUCGGAAGCUGUUAACAAAAGUAAAUAUCUUCAGAAUGAAUCUCAAAAACUUGAAGUAGAGGCACACAAAGCACUUGGAAGGAAUCCACUUAAUAACAAAUCACCUCAUCUGUCCAAAAUGCCUACACAGAGUUCUUCUGCAGUUACAGCAGCGACUGAGAAUGCUCGCUAUAAAACGGAGCUAGCAAAAGAAAAACUACGAGCUGCAACUCGGCGUCAGGAAAAAGCAGCUGAUGAGCUACGAGAGUCCAAUGAUAAACUGACAAAAGUUUUAAAGGACAUGGCAAAACUUGAAUUAAAGGAGAUUGAUUUUGAUAGUAUUCGUGAGACGUUAGUCAAGGGCAUUAAGGCAUUAGCAGAAGUAAGAGAGCAAUGGGGAAAACUUGUUCGAUUCUUUCAGAUGUUGUCCAAUCUAAUAAAAUGUUGUCUGCACUCUUCUCUGACGAAUUCUGUAGACCAGGCAACAAUGGGCCGUGAAUUACAAAUGACGAAUAAUGCUGCACCAUUAUCUGAUACAUUUAGGGAUGUCAUAUUUGAACAGACAUCAAAAGCCAGUCAGGUUGCGUAUAUAGUGCGUACAAUUGCUGGAACAUAUGUUCAAAUAUCCAAUGAACAUUUGAUGGACAUAAUCAGCUGCCUGGGACUUUUAGUAGCUCUGGAUCCGAAAAAAGAUGAACAUGAAAUAAGGAGGAAACACGAGGAACUACAUAAUGGAUGUCAAGAGGCACAAAAAGCUAUACUCUCUAUUGUAAUGAAACAAAAAGAGGAAUUCAACGCAAAAGUGGAGGAAAAAAUCGCAAAACUUCAUGAAAUCGAAAAAAUUAUGCCACCAAUUGAAUCCGAAAGAAUUAAAGAAAUACAAACGAAUGAGACAUCUGGAAAUAUGUCAGCAGUGCAGGCAAGAAUUCAUGAGAAAUAUAAAUACAAAUUUGAAAAAGUUCUAGAAUUUCUGUUGAAAGGUCUGGAACAUUUAUCAGCGUUUAUACAACACUUGAAUGAAAUAACUGGUGGUAGAUGUCAAGAUGAUGACAAAUACAUAGCUAAAGUCCUGUUUCCUUUGAUUGAAAAGGCAAAAACGGAAUUUGAUGAAAUGGCGACAUAUGCUAAAAGUUUAUUACAGCAGAUAAAUUCCGACUUCGAGCAAUGCGUGGCUGAUUUGAAGGUAGAUAAUGUCAAGUUAAAGAAAAUAGAUUCGGAUCUAACUGAUUUGGAGAAAGAGUUACAGGGUACAAAGAAAGCUAUAGACACUGCCAAUGAGCAAUGUAGAAGAAAAAGAGAAGAUUUGUCCGCUGCCGAAAACGCACUCUCGGAUGCAAGGCGUAAGCUCGAAGACGCAAAAACAGCAACCGUUGCUGCUGGAGUAUCAACUACAGUAGUCUCAGCUUUCUUUACAAUUUUCGUUCCCCCCUUGGGUUUAGCUGGUAUGGCAGCCGGUCUUGGCACAGGAAUAGUAGGAAUCACAGCCCUUGAAGAAGCAGUCACGUUGUGUUCAAAUAGUUUUAUUUCUGCUCGUAGUGAAGUGCAAUCGAGUGAAUCAGCACUGGAAAGGGCAAGCAAUGCUAAGACUGUAGUAGAACACAAGUUGAACGGUGUAAACAAAAAUACACAGCAAAUAAAGACCCACUUGGAAGAACUAAAAACUGACAAAAAUAGACUUGAGGAAUAUCGAAAACUUACAAUAACAUUCGCUGAAGAUUACAAGAAAUUUCACCGCCAACUAUGCGAUUUUUAUGGCAAGUAUAAGAUCCUGACAUGCGAAACAGCUGGUGGGUAUUCACUUCAAAUACUUCAAUUGCCAACAAAGAUGAUAGGCGUUUCUCUCUCGUCGCUGUGUCAGUGCGCGGCAAUCAAAGCAUUGUAUGAAAAGCCUAUGCAAGCAAUUAUGAGAAAACAUCUGCUUCAGAUUGAGUAUGUGAAAUGGCAAACUUCUGAUGAUUGUUCAGAAAUUGAUUAUCUUAUUUGAGAAUUAUCCAAAUUGUAACUUCUUUUUAUAUUAAACUUGCCAUUUAGGAAUGUACAUAGAGUUUCACAGUAUGAAGAAUAGGAAUGAUUUUAUUUUAUUUUGAGUGUCAACUAUAGUAUACUAGAUUAUCUUUUCAAACACAUUAAACAUUUUGUCGAUUCAAGAUUACACUUAUAAACAUUCUGACAAUUAAUUAUCUGCAAAUAAAGCUGUAUGUGAA